AGUAGACAAGCGUUCCCCUCUGCAAACAGUCACAUUCAAGAGCUCAAGCCAAAGAGACACUCGAGCGGACCAGCAGCAGCAGCAGCGGCAACAGCAGCAAACGCAGCAAAGGCAGCAGCAAAAGCAGCAGCUCCAGCUCCAGCUCCCAGCUUCAGACUUCAGUGGCCAACAGCCAGCUAGCAAUCCACGUUCGUGCGUCGGUUUUUUUGUGGCCGCACGGCGGCAGACAACAAAAAAAAGCAAGAAAAGCAAAUGAAAAUAGAAGAAACGAAUAGCAAAGAAUCAUAACAAAAAUAGAGCCACGUUAUUUUACAACCCGUACAAAUAAUCGUACAAGCAAAUCGCAAGUUAAUAGCAGUGUUUUUAGUGUGCACAAACAAAGCCCCGAACCCUUUUGGCCAACAACAAGUGACUAGUGCCCCCGACAAAAUGCCAGCCAAGUGCAAUCCCGUUGGAGCAGUGAUAGUGCUCUGAAACCGAAGAUUCGAAACCCCGAUUAGCAAGAAAGCCACAUCUUAAAAGGACCUCAAGUUUUUCAUUUUUGUUUCGAAGAACGCGUCCCGCACGCGUUGCCUUUUCCAUCGAUCCACCAGCGGGCAGCGCGUCCAAAAGCCGGCAACAUAACGGCGCAACUAUUGAACAGCUUUCUGAAGGGGAGCCCCCACCAGACCACCAUUGACAUCAUGCAGAAGCUCUACGCGGAGCCGCCGCCGAGCAGUGCUCCGGUGAGCAUGGCCAGCUCGGGCGGCCCUCCCUCGGGCGGCGGCUCCGGGGGCGGCGGGGGAGGCGGUCCGCCGCCGCCGGGGAGCAACAACAACCCCAAUCCGACCAGCAACGGCGGCAGCAUGAGUCCCCUGGCCCGCUCCGCCUACACGAUGAACAGCAUGGGCCUGCCGGUGGGCGGGAUGUCCUCCGUCUCCCCGCAGGCGGCGGCCACCUUCAGCUCCAGCGUCUUGGAUUCCGCGGCGGCGGUGGCCAGCAUGAGCGCCAGCAUGAGCGCCAGCAUGAACGCCAGCAUGAACGGCAGCAUGGGCGCCGCGGCCAUGAACUCGAUGGGCGGCAACUGCAUGACGCCCAGCUCGAUGAGCUACGCCAGCAUGGGCUCGCCGCUGGGCAACAUGGGCGGCUGCAUGGCCAUGUCGGCGGCCAGCAUGUCGGCGGCGGGUCUGAGCGGCACCUACGGCGCCAUGCCGCCGGGAUCGCGGGAAAUGGAGACGGGAUCGCCGAACUCCUUGGGCAGAUCGCGAGUAGAUAAGCCCACGACGUACCGGAGGAGCUAUACGCACGCCAAGCCGCCGUACAGCUACAUAUCGCUGAUCACGAUGGCCAUCCAGAACAACCCGACGCGGAUGCUGACGCUCUCGGAGAUCUACCAGUUCAUCAUGGACCUGUUCCCGUUCUACAGGCAGAACCAGCAGCGCUGGCAGAACUCCAUACGGCACUCGCUGAGCUUCAACGACUGCUUCGUGAAGAUCCCGCGCACGCCGGACAAGCCGGGCAAGGGAUCCUUCUGGACACUGCACCCGGACUCGGGCAACAUGUUCGAGAACGGAUGCUAUCUGCGGCGGCAGAAGCGCUUCAAGGACGAGAAGAAGGAGGCCAUCCGGCAGCUGCACAAGAGCCCCUCGCACAGCAGUUUGGAGGCGACGAGUCCGGGCAAGAAGGACCACGAGGACUCGCACCACAUGCACCACCACCACCACAGCCGGCUGGACCACCACCAGCACCACAAGGAGGCAGGCGGAGCCUCGAUCGCGGGCGUCAACGUGAACGUGCUGAGCGCGGCGCACAGCAAGGACGCGGAGGCGCUGGCCAUGCUGCACGCCAACGCGGAGCUCUGCCUCAGCCAGCAGCCGCAGCACGUGCCGAGCCACCACCACCACCAGCACCACCAGCUGCAGCAGGAGGAGCUCUCGGCCAUGAUGGCGAACAGGUGCCACCCGUCGCUGAUCAGCGACUACCACUCCUCGAUGCACCCGCUGAAGCAGGAGCCCUCCGGCUACACGCCCUCCAGCCACCCGUUCUCCAUCAACCGCCUGCUGCCCACGGAGUCGAAGGCGGACAUCAAGAUGUACGACAUGAGCCAGUACGCCGGCUACAACGCGCUCAGUCCGCUGACCAACUCACACGCUGCCUUAGGCCAGGACUCCUACUACCAGAGCCUCGGCUACCACGCGCCCGCCGGAACCACGAGCUUGUGACAUCACCAAUACCCGCUGGCUUAAGGACGCGCGGAGCAGAUGCUGCGCUCGCAGCAGCAGCAGCACUUGCAGCAGCAGCAGCACCAGCAGCACUCGCAGCAGCAGCAGCACUCGCAGCAGCAGCACUCGCAGCAGCAGCACUCGCUGCAGCAGCAGCAGCAGCAGGCGGCGCAGCAACUGACAUCCGCUUCCAACACACCAGCAACGUCGGCAGCCAAGGCCAAGGCGGGAUCGGGAUCGGGAUCGGGAUCAGCAGGAUCAGCAUCUGGUUCGGGAUCGGGAUCGGGCUCCGGAUCGGCCUCCAACUACUCACAGAAGCUGCACCAGCAGCAGCAACAGCAGCAGCAGCAGCAGCAACAGCAGCAGCAGCAGCAACACCACCAGCAGCAGCAGCAGCUGCUGCAGGAGCUGCAGGAGGACUCCUCGAACAUCACCAGCGACCUGAGCGAGGAGCAACUGCAGCAGCACCAGGCGGCGCAGCAGCAGUUGUACAACAACUACCAGCAGUACGCGGCGGCGGCGGGCUACCGCAACUGGAACCACAGCCUCACGUUCAACGGGGCCGCCGCCCUGCAGAAUCUCCUGUAGCUGUAGCCCUCGACAGGCAGCGGCUUUGUUGCCGGCCCUGCUGCCAAUUAGCGAGUGCGGAGCCAGUGGCUUUUAGCACCUGGUCGCCGGUGGCAAGUCGCCGGUGGCAAGUCGCUGGGUCGCAUCCUUUGAGCACGUGAGUCUUGGGCCGCCACUGUACAUAUUCCCGAGCCGAUCGAGAGCGCUGCCUUUGAGUUGAUCAGUUCCAGUUGAUAGUUCCAGCAGGAGGAGGAGGAGUAGUAUAUGGAGGAGGAGUAGUGGAUAGAGUAGAUGGAGUGCCAGGAGUAGGAGCGAAAGAAAAAGUGAUGUAGUUGUAAGUGCAGCAGAACCUUUGUUAACAUUUUACGUUUUGCUAAUACAAACACAAAUAAUAAUUCCGUGCCAUUUGUUUUCGUUGUUUCGAAACAAGCAAUAACAAUCAAAGCGGUUAAAACUAAAAAUUGAAAGACAUUUUAAAUGUAUCAUUACCGAGAAAAUAGGAAGAUAUAGAACGAGAGAGAAGGGAUCGUGUGUAAUGUUCUUUUAGAAAACAAAGCCCCCACUAAAGCAGUCCCCGAAUGAGAGAAACAAAUACUAAAACCUUUACCCAAAGGCAAUCGCAAUCGCAAUCGAAUUCGAAUCGCAAAUGAUCAAAACCAAAAAGAAAUCUAAAAUCUAAACCAUCAUGUUGAGCAGUCCAGCAAACACCCUAAGAAUCUUCAAACUAUCUAAGCAACAAAAAUCUGGCCAUGCAUAGGAAACGUCGCGUUCUUAUUGAAUAAUUUAUCAAACUCCCAUUUAUAUAUACGCGCAUCGAUAUACGCCGAUAUAUCGCAAAACCCGCAUUUCAUUUACAUUGUGUGUCUUCUGUUGUUGUACGAAUUCGUUAGGCUAAGGCAUUUUGUAAAUAAUCUAUAAAUAGAUACCUUUAAGCAACACCCCCUCCAAAAAGAAAAACACAACAAAAACCAACAUAACUAAGGCCCCCCACUUGCAAGCAACCAACUUUUAACUAACUCGAGAAUUAAUCAAAUUGUAUGAAAUUAUGCCACACCACUUGAAAGUAAACAUAAUAUAAAUAUAAAUAUUGUAUAGCAUUUAACAUUUAAUUAGCAUAAAUAACGAAAGCAAAAAACAAAAAGGAAAAAAAACACAUAAAAAGCGAAAACUGCAAUUAUUAUUCAAUAAUUUUUAAUAUUAGUUAUAUUGUGCGUAAAGAAAAAAAUAAAACGAAAUGCAAACACAAAACAAAGACCCUUUUUACAUUGAGCUAAGCUAAUUAAUUAAACUUGAUAAAAAUAGUCUAAAUAUAACACACACACACACACACACACAAACACACACUGACACAGAAACAAAUGAAAAUUAUUGUAAAAUACACAAUAUAAAUUCAAUAAAUGUCAAUGCAAGAAUUAAAUCCAACUCUAAAGCUAGUAAAAAUUAAUAUUAUUAUAAAUCAUGCAAAACAAACACAACGUCAACGACAACAAAAUCGACUAUUUUAAUGUUUGAAAUACAAGAAAAGGAAAAAAGA